AUGGAGGAGAGAUUUCCUCCUGCUAUAACAAAGGAUUUCAUGGCGCGAUACGGGCAUUUGCCCAAAGAGCUCUUGCCGUGGCGCAUGAACCCCAAGGACCCUCAAACCGCGAAAGAAUGGCGCAUAGCGCUCACAAAGCUUCUACCUUCGCCGAACAUCCCGCACGGGCUCAGAUUGCGCCCUGGUCACCAAUUCCAGCCUCCCCGCUUCAAUUUCGGGUGGGCCGUGGACGACCUCACCAUACGCGAUAUCGCGUACCGUUGCGGGUUCCCCAGGUUCUUCAACGACUCCUCCCAAUCACCCAACUCCGAGUCAACACCUGUGCUCUACUGGCAAGCCGCCUCCAAGCUCCUCCAGGGCGUCCUCUCCGAGAAGUUCCCAGAUGUCCUGAAGGAGGUGCCAGGUCCCAUCCGGAUCGAGAAAGUCAUUGGACCCAAGGGAGACGAUCGGACGAUGUGUAUCGUCCUCGCGGAUAGUCUGAGGACCGGAAAUCGCAAGCCCAAGCAGGAGCAUAUCGAUACUCUCCGUGAGUUUUUUGGGAUUGGGACGAAGGAGGAGGGCAAGUACGAGCCGUAUGGAGGCCCGGAGCCGAUGUGGUGGCUCGACUCGUUUUACCGCACAUGGAAGUGGUGUUAUUCUUGGGAGUAUGAAGCUGAGAACGAUUUGCGCGAUUGGAGGACUUUGAUGCCAGGUGGCAGACACCGCCGUUAA